AUGAGGUAUUCCUGGACCACCCGUCGUAACAGUGCAUCGAAUAAGAGCAUCAGCAAGUACCUCGGAGCUGAGACAAAAAAUGAAGUCUCUUCAAUCCCGUCGGCAAAAUCAGUUUACAAACAGUAUGGCAAACACGUGUUUACUGGAAAACUUGCCCAACAAUAUUUGGUUGCAAGUGGCGGUAGUGCGUCGUUGAUGGAGGAUCCUUCUUGGGUUAAGGACAGGAAAAAGGCCGAUAUUGUCGCAGCGGCAGUUCUACAUUGGGCGAUUGACAAUGAAGCAUACAGUUUCUGCCAUUGGUUUCAGCCGCUGGCAUCAUCCGGUGUUCGACAUGGUCAAACAGGACAGGUACAGAAUAUGAUGUUUAAAUUUGAUCCCAAAACAAACGAAUUGAAGUACGACUUUGACGGUGGUGACCUUGUCAAGGGAGAAACCGAUGGGUCGUCCUAUCCCAAUGGUGGACUUCGUGCCACCCACACUGCUGGCGGCUACCUCGCCAUUGAUACGUCUUCCCCCAUCUUUCUUCGGGGGGAUACCGUGUUUAUUCCGGCUAUAUUCGUUUCGUACUACGGAAUGGCAUUGGAUGAGAAGAGUCCCCUACUUAGGGCCAACGAUGCUUUGAGUUCCCAAGGGCAACGGCUCCUUGGGCAUCUUGGUUUGAAGUGUGGAGGAUUGAAAGCUAAUAUUGGUUUGGAACAAGAGAUUUUCUUGAUUUUCCGCGAAGAAUUCUACCGUCGCCCCGAUCUUCAAUUCACUGGACGUACCGUGAUGGGGAAGUUCGCACCUCGCGAUCAGGAGAUGUGUGACCAUUAUAUGGCCCCGCUAUCGACCGCUACUCCUGCUUUGGAGUGCAUGAAAGAGAUUCAAGAGGAGUGCUGGAAGAUGGGAAUUCCUCUCAAGACUCGCCAUAGAGAAGUCGCACCCAACCAAUAUGAAUUUGCGCCUCUAUACGGAAUUAAUUCUGCACAAAUUGACCAAAACUUGGUUGUCAUGCAGAUCAUCGAAGAAGUUGCCGCCAAGCACGGACUUGCUGCCCUCCUCCAGGAAAAGCCUUUCGAUGGUGUCAAUGGAUCAGGAAAGCACAACAAUUGGUCCAUCUCCACCCUCGAAGAAGUUCAACUCUUCGUCCCAAAGGCUAUCAACGCUGCGUGCAACAAUAUCAAUGCUUUCCCAGUCAUUAUGGCUGCCGUCGUUUCUGCCGUAGAUGCCCAUGGAGAUCUGAUGCGAAUGGCCAUUUCUUCCCCCGGCAAUGACUUCCGUCUCGGUGCCUGUGAGGCUCCACCCGCAAUUAUCUCCACUUACUUGGGUGAUGACAUGACCGCUUACCUCGAAGCAUUCAAGAACGGUGACUCCAAAGAAUACACUCCCCAAAAGAGGAUCAUUGAUGUAGGCAUUAGUGGGGUUGAGCCUUUCACUGUUCCCGCAGAAGACCGAAACAGAACUUCACCUUUUCCAUAUGGUGGUGCACGCUUUGAAUUCCGCGCGGUUGGAUCAUCACAAAAUGUGUCGAUGGUGAAUACAGUGUUGAACAUAAUGUGCGCCCAAAAAUUCGGUGAGUUUGCUGACAAGAUUGAUGCUGGAGCAGACCCAGUUGACGUUGCCAGAGAGGCCCUGAAUGAGCACUGGAAGGUUAUUUUCAAUGGCAAUGGAUAUGAUCUUGCAAACCAGCAAAUGCUGACUGAUAAUGGAGUUUGGCGUAUCGAUUCCGGCUGCGAUGCCAUUGCCCAACUGACUUCCGCAAAGAAUAUUGCGCUCUUUGAAAGCAUGGGUGUUAUGACUGCUGACGAGUUGCAUGCUCGCCAAAACGUACUACAUGACCACUACGCAGGUAUCGUGGAAAUGGAAGCAAGGGUAAUGAUUGAUAUGAUAAAUCAGCACGUUAUCCCGUCCAUUUAUGCAGCUGAGGCAGAGGACCAUGAGUUGGAGGCUUCAGUUGCUAUUUUGGAACGAGCUCUACAUGAAAUUGAGGAAGCAGAGGACUCCUAUUCCAAGGCAAAGCUAGCACGAGUUCUUCGCCUUGAAACCAUGAUCGAAAUCCGAAAGCUUUGUGAUGCAGCAGAAGCGGUGGUUCCGCGAGAACUUUGGACUAUUGCUACAUACAAGGAACUCUUGUUUCUGGAUUCUCAUGUCGGCCCAUCACAUGUAUAA